AUGCGGCUGGCUUCCCCGGCUACAAAUGCGGAAUCCCUUCUCUUCUACUGCUGCUGUCAUCCAACAGGUGAACCAGCUUCUCCAAAGAAGGGCAAGAAUGUCCCUGAAAUUGACUUUAGGGGCAAAGGCUCCUCUGUCUCUUCAGAGUGGGCCUCUGUGAAAAUUAUCCCAGAAGAAGAGAUGACUGAACACAACCUUCUGGCUGUCCGGGUUAUGGUGACCAGUGAUGGAAGCAGCUCAGAACUAGAAUCUGAUUUUUACGGUGAUUCAUCCAGUUCUGAGUUUAACAAAGAGCUGCUUCCGUCACCUGAGACCAGAAGCUACAGCCCAUCUUCACCGAGCCUUCUGUCCUUGAACAACAAGAGUUUGGUCCGAAAAGACGAAUGCCAUGAAAAGUCCAAACCUGCAAAUGUUCUGCGAAGAGCUAAUAGCCUUCGGGACACUUCAGCAUACAAAAAGUCCCAAAGCUGGAAGAAAAGAAUUCAAUCAAAUUUUCCUCUGUUGUACUCGAAGAAAAAUGGCCCAUCUUCAAAGGACACCCCUGCCAGAAUUAAAAGCAAUUUUGAUGAUCUCUUCCCCACAGAACCGAUGUCUCCCAACAAAACUCCAGAAAUCACACCAGGACAUUUCAAACUCCACAGCCGGGCAUUUCAAAGAAAAGGAAGAGCCACAGAGGUACCUGAAGGAAUCCCUUUCUAUGUGUCUCAUCAUUCGGUUCACAUCCCCACAGACAGCAGCCCUUUGGUACGUAGUAAAUCUUUUCAUCAUGGGCAUGUGACUUCAGUUCCCACUGUUAAGAAUCAUGAAGCUGAGGGCUACGAUCCUGAAGACCAGCAUUUGAAAAACCAAACAGUGUGCAGAGAAGGCAAGGGCUCAGGAUUGCUUGCGAAAUGCUCAGAUACUUCUGUAAAUUCUGAAAAGGAAGAUAAGGCGGCUUCAGGAUCGUCAAAAGACCAACAUAUAAACAAAGCUAAAAACAAGAUAAUGAGGAAGCUCUCAUUUUCAAUGGAACAACAGUCCAGACUACACGCUCUGAAUGAUGGUAAGCUAAAUGGAACAAGAAUGGAACAGCAAGGGCAAGGAAUCCUAGAACCGAAUCCAAAACAAUCCAGUUGUUUCAGACAUCCAAAAUUCUCAGGGAACUGUUCGCCAGUUAUGUCGCCAGAAUACAAAUCUCCUAAGAAUGCUGAUAAUUGUCCCAAAGGACAAAUCGCUGGCCAAUCUAAAUCACCACUGAGGCUCAUUGCCAGUGCCAUAAAGAAAUCCAUCAUAGAACCGCUUAGAUCUCCCCCUGAAGGCUGGAAAAAGAGCCAAGAAACAAAUGCCAGACAUCAUCCGGAGAACACCAUUUUCAAUUUCCCUUAUACAGUCAAUUUAAGAAACAGCAAGAAUCAUGGGAAGCAUGACACACAGAUGCAAGAGCCCGAUGAGUUGAGCACUCCGGGAAAAGGCCUCGAAACUGGUAGUUCAGAUAGUUCUAGUUUUUCCAACAGUCCACGAGAAGAAUAUUCGUAUGACGAUGCAUGUUUUCCGGUUUACAGUAUGCAUACCAGCCCAUCCGAGAGUCUAGGUGCAUUUGAAUAUCCUUCCCAUACUGAUGUAGAUGAUGUGCCAAUGCUUCUAGAGAGAUUUACUCUUAAAGAGAAUCUCUGGAAGUCUACCAGGGACGACUUCAGUAACUGUAACCAAAAGAACAUCCUUUAUUCAUCUCUAAGACUCAAGAACAAAAGUUCUGAUGCUGUUUUAGAGAGUGCUGUACAGAGGAACAAUCUCAGGAACCUGUUCGGUAAAAUGAGGGGCGAUGAAGAUAAAAACCCUUCUUCAACGUCCCCUGUGCCCGCCAGUACCAUCCUUGCUGCUGAGGAAGUAAUCAAUUGUCCUCACAAUAGAGAAUUUGUGGGCUCUGAACAUCUACCUGUCAGAAAACAAGUCACUGGCUAUUAUUGUUCUUCUUCCUCUGAUGAUGAAUUAGAACAUGAGCCUUCAUUACCAUUCAAGGCAAAAAAACCACUAAAAAGAAAUAGAAAGUUGGAAAAGGAAACAAAGCAACUGCUUAAACAAGAACAGCUGAAAAGGCUCCAUAAAGCACAGGCUAUCCAGCGGCAACUGGAGGAAGUAGAGGAGAAGCAAAGAACCCUGGAGAUAUUUGGUGUUCAGCUAGAGAGAGAACUGCGAGGAGAAUCAGAUUCAGGCACACAAGAUGAAACUCAGCUGCUGCACGAAUGGUUUGAGCUGGUGUCGGAGAAGAAUAAAUUAAUGCGCUAUGAAUUUGAACUCUUGAUCAGAGCCAAAGACCUGGAAUUAGAGGAUCAUCAAAGCCGACUGGAGCAGAAACUGAGAGACAAAAUGGCCACUACUGACCAUUCGGAUAUUGAAAAGGAUCUGAGUGAUAAGUAUGAAACUUUUGAUGAGAUGAUGAAAGUGGUUGAAGAAAGAGAUAAGCUUAUAUCUUCCUUGGAGGAGCAGAGGAUAGUGGAAGAAGCUGAAGACCAGCGCUGGGUUGUCCAGAGAAUACCAAUUCAGCUGGACAUGAAGCAAUUCUAG